AUGGGACAAUCAACUUCAAGACAACCAGCCACCAGCGAGAAGUAUCUCGCAAAGCCAAGCGGUGCCUGUUGUCUCAAGGGAACAAUUCACGAGGGCGAGUCCAGAGGCACAUGGAAAACAAUCGCAGAGGUUGAGACCUACAUCUCAAGGCCACCGGAGGGGAAAGCGAAUGGAAAUAUCCUGCUCUACUUCCCCGACGUAUGGGGCAUGUUCCCCAAUGGUUUGCUGGUCAUGGAUGCCUUUGCCGAUGCAGGCUACCUGGUUCUGGGCCUGGACUACUUCCGCGGGGACCCCGUGUGGAAGCACCGCAAGAACCGCCACGACACACAGGACCCCAAUUUUGACUAUGAGGCCUGGAAGCAGAAGCACACAGCCUUUGCCGACGUCGCAGUUCCUAAAUGGGUCGAUGCCGUUAAGAAGAGCUAUGGUACUAGCACUACCAAGUUCGCUUGUGUUGGCUACUGCUUCGGGGCUCCAUACGUAUGCAACGAGCUGAAGGGCGACACAGUCACUGUCGGGGCCUUCGCUCACCCCGCCUUUCUAAAGGAACACCAUUUUGAGCAGCUGAAGAAACCUCUCUUUCUGUCUUGCUCGGAGAUCGACCACACCUUUGAUGUGCCUUCACGGCGCCGGGCGCUAGACAUCUUACAGUCACAAAAGAAGAUUUAUCAUUACCAAGUCUUUUCUGGGGUUGAGCAUGGGUUUGCUCUGAGAGGGGACCCAAAUGACCCCUACCAACGAUGGGUCAAGGAGGAAAGUCUCAAGGGUAUUGUGUCAUGGUUUGACUACUGGUUGUCAAAAUAA